AUGCCCAUAUCCUUCCAGAUCUCGUGGUGGCGAGCUCAGGCCAUCCGCUUCCUCCUGCGAUGGCCGUCGCUGUACCUCUGCCACCUCACCAACAUUGCACGGCACAGGGCCUUUGGCCGGGAUGCUGCCAUCAGAAUUACAGAAGCUGGCUUUGCUCAGGCUGUAACAGAGGACGGCUUAUCCUCCUUCGAUUCUGCCCUCGCAUCUCCAUCGUUUGACAAUCGGAGGGCGAAUGAGACUCUUGUACAUGACAUGGCGAUGCAGGAUUGGUUGGGAGAGGAGCUGUUUGUUCCAAGGCCAAUGUUGCACAUGCAUGUGCGUCAGGGAGAUAAGAUCCAGCUGGGAAAGGCGGAGUCGGUUGCUACAUGGAUGAGGGCUGCCAUGCUGCUGAGGGUGCAUGACCCAUCGCUGCACCGCAUCCAAUCAAAAAAGAAGACAGAGACAAGGGAUUUGCGUGCCUCGGUGGAGUCUAGCCUAGUGAACCUCAUGCUGGCAGCAGAGUGUGACUACUCUGUCACAACGCUCGAUAGUAACUGGAAUAGGGUCAUACACUCUAUGCGUAUCACAGGUGGUAGGGCCAAUAGCCCAGUUAUUGUGUUAACGAAUGGAGUUUGGUAG